CGAAGCGUCCGCCCGCCCGCGCCGACAUGCUGUGCCGCGCUCUUCUCUGCCUCGCCUUGGCCGCGGCGGCCAGCGUCCGCGCCGACGCCCCCGAGGAGGAGGACCACGUCCUGGUCCUGAAGAAGAGCAACUUCGAGGAGGCGCUGGCGGCCCACAAGUACCUGCUGGUGGAGUUCUACGCCCCGUGGUGUGGUCACUGCAAAGCCCUGGCUCCUGAAUAUGCCAAAGCAGCUGGAAAACUAAAGGCAGAAGGUUCUGAAAUCAGAUUGGCGAAGGUUGAUGCCACCGAAGAGUCUGAUCUGGCCCAGCAGUAUGGCGUCCGCGGCUACCCUACCAUUAAGUUUUUCAAAAAUGGAGAUACAGCCUCCCCCAGAGAGUACACAGCCGGCAGGGAGGCCGACGACAUUGUGAACUGGCUAAAGAAGCGCACAGGCCCUGCCGCCACCACGCUGACCGACAGCGCCUCAGCAGAGUCCCUGGUGGAGUCCAGUGAGGUGGUCGUCAUUGGCUUCUUCAAGGACGUGGAGUCGGACUUUGCCAAGCAGUUCUUGCUGGCAGCGGAGUCUGUCGAUGACAUACCAUUUGGGAUUACUUCCAGCAGUGACGUGUUCUCCAGGUACCAGCUCCACGAGGAUGGGGUUGUCCUCUUCAAGAAGUUUGACGAAGGUCGGAACAACUUUGAGGGGGAGGUUACCAAGGAGAGCCUCCUGAACUUCAUCAGGCACAACCAGCUGCCACUGGUCAUUGAGUUCACCGAGCAGACAGCCCCGAAGAUUUUCGGAGGUGAGAUCAAGACACACAUUCUGCUGUUCCUGCCCAAGAGUGUGUCUGACUACAAUGGCAAACUGAGCAACUUCAAGAAGGCGGCUGAGAGCUUCAAGGGCAAGAUCCUCUUCAUCUUCAUCGACAGCGACCACACCGACAACCAGCGGAUCCUUGAGUUUUUCGGUCUCAAGAAAGAGGAGUGCCCGGCAGUGCGUCUCAUUACCCUGGAGGAGGAGAUGACCAAGUACAAGCCUGAGUCGGACGAGCUGACAGCAGACAAGAUCAAGGAGUUCUGUGACCAGUUCUUGGAAGGGAAAAUCAAGCCACAUCUGAUGAGCCAGGAGUUGCCUGAGGACUGGGACAAGCAGCCGGUCAAAGUGCUGGUCGGCAAGAACUUCGAGGAGGUGGCAUUUGACGAGAAGAAGAACGUCUUUGUGGAGUUCUAUGCCCCAUGGUGUGGUCACUGCAAACAGCUGGCUCCCAUCUGGGACAAGCUGGGAGAGACAUACAAGGACCACGAGAACAUUGUCAUCGCCAAGAUGGACUCCACGGCCAACGAGGUGGAGGCGGUGAAAGUGCACAGUUUCCCCACGCUCAAGUUUUUCCCUGCCAGCACCGACAAGAGAGUGCGUGCCCAGGGUGGCCGGGCAGGUGGGCGGCAGGACUACUGCGGCCGGCCCGGGACGGGCCUCACCUUCAGUGUCUCUGCAGGAUCUAGAAGAUCUGGAGGAGGCUGAGGAGCCAGACAUGGAGGAAGACGACGACCAGAAAGCUGUGAAGGAUGAGCUGUGAGGCUGGAAGACUGACCUGGACCCCAGAUGCCCAUACCUCAGGGCAGCCCUCCCGGCAGCGGUGCCUCUGGAGACCCCAGGACCCCCUGCAGGGGCAGCAACCGAAAUCCAGGGACCUCUAACGCUUCCCCUAACACAAGUACACCUCCCUGCCUCCCCUCUGGCUCUUCCGUCUGGAAAGGAUCUGUCUCCAGGGCCGCCUGGCUGCCUGCUCUUGGUUUUCAUUGUGAUGUACUUCUGUACCUGUAUCUGUCUGGAGCGCUCUCUGAAAUGUUUGGGGAUCCCACGCAGGCAGCGCCCCUUCCUGCAGAGGUUUACGCCAUGCUGCUCAGGAAUUCCGCCUGUGGGAUCAUUAAACGUUUUUCGGUGUCAGGGUGUGUUUCUCCUUGGCUGGGCCUCCUGGGAGUCCAUACCCAACAUGGGGACAGGAACAGCCCAGGCUGGGCACAGCCACUCUCCACCUCGUGCCAGUGUGGCCACAACAGCAUGGCUUUCAUUUUUUGGUUAAACAGAGACUUCCAGAUCUCUGGCAGAGGUUGGGUCCCACCAUGGGAAGGGGCUGCCACUCCGCUCAGAGGCCCAGGGCCAGCCUGGGCAGUCCCUCUGCCCCCCUCCCUGGCCCAGCUCUGGCACGCCGGACCCUUUGCCCUGCAAGGUGGCCGGAGGCCGACCAAGGCACAAAACAGGACCUCGAUUCCCAGGCUGGGAGCGGGGCUGUCUGGGUGACUGCCAAGACAAGUGUCAACAGUUCUUCAGGCAUUUCUACCCAAUAUUAGAAUUGAACACAUUGGCCAAAUAAAGUUUAAAUUUUACUACC